AUGAGCCGCUAUCGUGACGACGCAGCACAGCAUAGCUACCACAGCCCAGCGUGGGACACGUCACCCUAUGGCAAUACAGAAUACGAUCAUGUCGUAGAGCACAUCACUCCCGCUACAAACAGCCGCAACUCGGCAGAUGUAGGUGCAAACGCCAAUGCCUACCGUCUUGUUCCUCCUGCAACCAACAUAGGCGCCGAUUCGCCUUCCAUGUACACCGAUCCAUACGAAGCUUUCAGCACCGCUCCUCCUCCCGAUCGUAUCGGAUCUGCGGCUGCACGUCGAUCCUACUUGCAGCACGAUCCGUAUGCUAGCCACACUGGAACUGCUGCUGACGAUGACCGUCCUCUAGCCGGGCCUUCCUUGCUCGACAGAGCCGACACCCUGGCCCCGAACGACAGCAUCAGCAGCUAUCAUGUUCGUGUGGGCCAGAACACGGAACCUGAUCGACCUAUGUCCUAUGCUGAGCAUAACACACACAGCGCUCUCGACUACGGCGCAGCACCAUGCACAAACCACUACGAGGAUGCGAGCAACUACUACGCGCAUCAAUCGGAUCGUGACUACUCUCAUGCUCGCCACGACACUAGUGGAACUGAUCUUCCUCUCAAAACGCACGCUGGUCCCAUGGGCUAUGCUGAGGACGAAGACGAUGAAGCCAAACAGAUCAAGCGCGGAUCUGCAGCUCUCUGGACGAAUCAGAUGGAUCCCUCGCAUCCCUCUGGUGCUGCAGAUCAUGAUGAAGAAGCCAAGUCUGGUCUGCUCGGCAAACUUUCUCGCUCCACAAGCCGACGUCUUGCAGGUCAAGACAAACUUGGCGACCAGAUCGAACGACGUCGUCAAGGCAUCGGACGUCAACGAUACCCCUACGUAUCAUGGCUUCUCGCUCUCGCCCUCCUCAUCGUCUUCAUAAUCGAGCUCAUCAAAGCCAACGCUGCUACAGGGCAAGCAGUGCAAACGCGACCAAGCAUCAAUCCUAUGCUUGGUCCCUCAACCGAGUUCUUCAUCUCCUUCGGUGCACGUUUCGUUCCAUGCAUGCGAAAAGUUCCCGCUCUUGCCACCUCUGAGCAGCUUCCAUGUCUCAAAGAUUCUACAUCAGGAUCCAACCUCUACAGCCCAUCCCAGCUCUGUCCUAUCUCCGAGAUCUGCGGCUUGAAAGACGCAAACAACCCCAAUCAGAGCUACAGAUUCAUCACAGCCAUCUUUGUCCACGCCGGCUUGGUGCAUGUCUUGUUCAAUCUCCUCGUUCAGCUUACUCUUUGUGCUCAGAUCGAAAAAAUCAUCGGCUCUAUAGCCUACAUUCUCGUCUGGUUCGCCGGCGGAGUAGGCGGCAACCUUCUGGGCGGAAACUUUGGUCUCAUUGGUCAACCUUCUCUUGGUGCCUCAGGAGCUAUCUAUACCUGCAUUAGCAUCGAACUAGUCGACCUGGUGUAUAACUGGAAGUACGAAUAUCGUGCCAAAGCCCGUUUAGCCAUGUCGCUUGGUUUCGCCGUCGUUGGUCUCGCACUGGGCUUGCUGCCAGGGUUGGACAACUUUGCUCACAUCGGUGGAUUCUGUGUUGGACUCUUGGGCGGGUUGAUCUUUGCACCGAGCAUUCAUCCGAACAGUAAGCAUAGGGUGAUAACGUGGGUGUUGAGGAUCAUUGCCCUGGCACUGGCGGUAGGAUUUUUUGCAGGGUUGGCAAGCAACUUUUACAGUUCGCCAGAUCCAACAAAGGCCUGUACUUGGUGUAGGUAUUUGAGCUGUUUGCCCGUUUUCAACAGUUGCAACGGGGACGGGUUGACGAGUUCGAGUAGUGGUAGUGGAUCCAGCUGA